AUGUUUCAGAUAUGUUUUGCGAACGCGGUCGAGUCGGACCACGUGGAGGACCUGAGCGGCCUGCGACACCUGAACGAGAGCUCGUGCCUCCACGUCCUGCGGCAGAGAUACGGGAACAACCUGGUGCACACGUACGCGGGGGCGGCGGUGGUGGUCGUGAACCCGAUGACCCAGCUGUCGAUCUACUCGGACAAGGUGGCGCAGAUGUUCCGCGGCUGCAAGGCGGAGGACAUGCCGCCGCACAUCUACGCGGUGGCGCAGCGGGCGUACGUCUCGAUGCUGACGAGCCGCAGGGACCAGGCCGUCGUCUUCCUGGGUCGCAGCGGGAGCGGGAAGACGACGAACGCUUUCCACGCCCUGCAGUACCUGCUCCUCGCGGCGGACAGGAACGGGAAGGCGUUUACGGUGGAGAAGAUGCAGGCGGUGCAGACGGUCCUGGAGACGUUUGGUCACAGCCGUACCGUUAUGAACUGCAAUGCGUCUCGCUUCACGCAGGUGUUUGUGCUGGACUUCGAUGCCAGCGGACAGCUCGCGUCUGCUUCGGUUCAGGUUCGUUUUGCCAGCGGAAGGGUGGGG